UCAUCCGGUCGCUCAGGUUAGGGCCAUCCAGCAUCUCCUUCUGAAGCUUGGCUUGCUUCUGCCUGUGUUCGACACAGCUUCGAUCUCCGUAUCACACAUCUCUCACUCAAGGCUCCCUUCUGCCGCCCCUACCUGAUCAUUACCGUUCCUGGUCCUGAAAUACAUGCACCGGAUUCACUCGUGGGCGAAAGCUCACGCGUCUACCCCCAAUACUCAAUCCCAGGGUCCCAACCAAGCGAACAACCAGUCCUCCGAGGACGCUUCUGCACAAGAUGGACAAGUGAAAGAAGCUAUACGUGACCCGGCCAGCCCGGAGUCGGAAAAGAAUGCCAAAGAAACCCCCAACCCCGGACUCAUCGUCCGGAUGAAGAAUGGAAUUGUUCGUUUCACCGGACACACCAAAAGGGCCCUUUGCCACAGCUGGGUCAAUGUGCUGCUCGUAUUCGUGCCCGUGGGCAUCGCCGUCGAGGCCGCGGGAUUGAACCCAGGCCUGAUCUUUGCCAUGAAUGCGAUAGCUAUCAUCCCCUUGGCCGGUCUCCUCAGCCACGCCACCGAAUGUGUUGCCAGUCGAUUGGGUGAUACCGUGGGUGCGCUCAUUAAUGUCACCUUCGGAAACGCCGUCGAGUUGAUUAUCUUCAUUAUUGCCCUAGUCAAGAAUGAAAUUCGGAUUGUCCAAGCAUCACUGCUGGGCUCCAUCCUGGCGAACCUACUGUUGAUCCUAGGCAUGGCGUUUCUGCUUGGAGGUUUGCGCUUCCAGGAACAGAUUUAUAACAGCACCGUCACCCAAAUGAGUGCAUGCCUGCUCAGUUUGAGUGUAAUGAGUUUGCUUCUGCCGACAGCCUUCCAUGCCUCAUGGUCGGACGAAACGGAUGCUGAUAAAUACACCCUCAAAGUCAGCCGUGGCACUAGUGUUGUCUUGCUCCUGGUAUACAUCUUGUACAUUGUGUUCCAGCUCAAGUCCCACGCCUACCUCUAUGCUAGUAUCCCACAGCAGAUCAUUGACGAGGAAUCUCACCCCGGCGUUUUGGCCGAGUUUAUGAACAGCUCGUCGGAUUCGAGCAGUUCCUCGGAUGAGUCAGUGGAUACUACGACGUCCUGGUCCACCGCCAAGCGCAUAAAGAGGGCCAUGAAAUAUAGACGGCAUCGGAAAUCGAGCACCAGCUCUCGUGGAACCGUUUCCCCCCAGUCGUUCCGUAAGAAGUCGCUGGCCGAUUGUCCUCCCACGGCGGUUAUAGAUGAGAAUGGCGGGUCUGUUGCCGACUUGAGCGUCACUCACCAAGACGGGUCCGGGUCGUUUGUCAUUGAUUUCGGAGAUGACACCCGAUACGAUGCGGAUCAUGAACCACAGUCGAGAGAUUUCGGGCAACAUGCUGGUGCCAAGGCCUCCAAGGAAGAACGGAAGAAGAGACGUGAGAGGCGAAAGCAAGAAAAACGCACCGAAAAGGAAAAGGCCGCGGUUUCAAUCACCAAUACCCCUUUCACAGGGCGCCCUCCUAUGAAGAGUCACAAGUCGGAACCUACAGUCGAUCGCGGACAGCCUCCCUUGCCAGUCGAGGAAGCAAUUGAACCUGCCAAAAGGAAAUCGGCCUUCCGUCCCAUGAUGCCGUCCUUGUUAACCAACACAGUUUUCUCGAGCUCGCCCGCCCCGAACGCAGCGGUGCCGGCAAGCCCUUCAAACCCCUACGGACUUCGGCGAACUCAUUCUCUGCCGUCUUUUACGAACCGCCCUCCACCUCCCGGAAGUGCCGUCCAGUUUGCUCGGGGCGCUUCUCGCUUGCCCACUGCCGUGACCAACACUACGGCCGAGGUGGCCCCCGAAAACCCCGAGCCAGAAAUGUCCCGCACUGCAGCGGUGGUGCUGCUCCUGGUGUCAACCGGUCUUGUCGCAGUGUGCGCGGAAUUCCUCGUCGAUGCCAUCCCCACCAUGGUGGAAAGCUCAUCUGUGAGCGAAGCUUUCAUCGGUCUGAUCAUCCUUCCCAUUGUCGGCAACGCCGCGGAACACGUGACGGCGGUCAGUGUGGCCACCAAAAACAAGAUGGACCUGGCGAUCGGUGUAUCCGUGGGAAGCAGUAUCCAAAUCGCAAUCUUUGUGACUCCCCUCGUCGUCAUUCUCGGCUGGUGUAUGGACAAGGACAUGUCCUUGUACUUUACGCUGUUUGAGACCAUCUGCCUGUUUGUCACAGCAUUCGUUGUGAACUUCCUGGUGCUCGACGGUCGAAGCAACUAUCUGGAAGGCUCUCUACUCAUUGCAGCCUAUGUCAUCAUCAGUGUUGCCGCGUUCUAUUAUCCCGACAGCGGGCAGUCCAGCACUACGGCAGGGGCCUAGUUGCUCCGUACAACUUCAAGCUGAGUGUUGCAAUUCUAGGAUAUAUACGCCAGACUGCACAUUGGAGAUGACCGGAGGUGUCCUACGUGGGUG